AUGAUGGCGCUGUAGGAAUAGGUAUACGCAUUUAAGGUCUUGUCAACAUCCGGCGACACGUCUCUACAAUACACUGCCGAGCCAAACGAUGUAUCUUUAUUCCUGUAAGCCUCUGUAGACUUUUCGUUAAAGGCAGUAUAGUGUGUUUUAGCACUUUCGGGUUCAAAUGGGGGAGGUGAGGAAGCUGCAGAAGAAGCUGAGACAGAUUGAAAAUCUGGAAAUUAAAAUCAGUCUUACCCCAGAGGAGAGAUUCAAGAUCUCCAGGAAGGCGGAGCUGCGUUCCAGAUUGGCUGAGCUUCAGCUGCAGCUUUCUGGCCCGCAGCAAACUCUAGGGAUUGUGGGAGACGGAAAAAAGGAGAAGAUGAAAAGACAAGUGGAGCAUGCCCCUGAGGCCCUGCCAUCACAAACGCCUCCAGCCACCAAGAUCCUUAAGGGAGAAGAGGAGUCCAAAGCUCAGCCAACGCCAGUGCCGGCUGCCAGGCCAAAGGAGACAGGAGGGAAAGCAGAGAUAGGCAGGCAGCAGGAAAGGAUGGGGCCGGCUAGGGUGUCAGAUCACUGCCGAGACAUGUCAGGAGGUUGUUCAGACUUUGACAAGGAGCAGAAACUGCAACAGGAAGAAGCUGAAUUUACAUCCCUCAAAGCAUCUUGGGAGAAGGUGAAGUUUCGCCUGAGGCUGCUGGAGGGUCACAGUGACAUAGUCACUUGUGUGGUUGCUGUUGACAACCUAGUGGUUUCUGGAAGCCGAGAUACAACAGUGAAGGUGUGGCAUGUUCCCACGGCAACGGAACACAAACACCUUGGGGGUCACACGGGUGGCGUUACCUGUCUGUCUGCACCUGCCCCUGAGUACUGCAAGAGGCUGGCCUGGUCCCUGUCUUUGUCCGACAAGGAGAGGUUUAUUUUGAGUGGCUCGGCGGACUGCUAUGUGAAGAUCUGGGCCCUGAGCAUUGGGCAAUGUGUCAAGUCUAUCUACACUUUCAACGCUGUAACUGCGCUCUGCUUUGUGCCAGAGAAAGACGGCUACAUUAUUACUGGAUCAGACGGGGGGAAAGUUCAAGCGUGGAGUUGGCACACUUUUGAAAACUGCCAGUCAGUCAACGCUCACCAGGAAGCAGUCACCUCCAUCCAGUCUCAAGGUCCACUGGUGUUCACCGGCUCGGCUGAAGGAGGGAUGUCUGUGUGGGAGAACCGGUGUUUGUCUCGAGACCCUCUGAGACUGCUGCACCACUGGACUGGCCAGGUGACGGGCUGCGGAGGGGGGCUGGGUGGGCGUUUGUCCCUCAGCCCACGGGGAGACAAAGUGUUCUUGGCUUACGGUCGAGCCUGGCUCAAGAUCCUGCACUGGAGGACCGGAACGACGUCCAGACUGACCAAUCACAGCAGCAUCACUGGGGUAGCAGAUUGUGUUCACCAGAUAGGGGGCCUCCUAAUUGGCUCCUGCUAUGAUCUGGCAAACGGAGAGAGCACAUUAAAUUUAUUCUCUCUGCCUCAGUGUCGGUAUCUGGCCACUCUGACCUGGCCUGAUGCUCCCAGAAUCCUCUGCUUUGCAGCUUGGACCACAGGGAGCGGAGAUCACCGGUGGGUCACCGGAGGUCGUGAUCUCAUUGUAUGGGAGCAGCUGCCCAGCUCUGGAAAGCAGAGGAGUGAUGUCACAGUGAAGAGGGACAGUCGACUGGACUCGUGCUCGCUGGAGUCAGAGGAGGAUACAGAAGAUGACGAGGAAACUGAUGAUUACGAGGAUGAUCAUGACAGCGAUGAAGGAAAAGACAAUCGGCGUGAUGAUGCGGAGGAUGGAGGGUCCGGCUCGUGGUUGCGCUGCAUACUCCAAUGAGCGCUGUUGGUUUCUCACACUGAGGACACCACGGCCAGCAGUCAUGAAGAGAAAAUGAGAGGGAGGGAGAGAAAGAGGGUGGGGGGAAGUGAAGUGUGACAGACUGUGUGUUGGUGUCGGAGGGGGGAGCAUAUGGGUGGAGGAAGUGAGUGUGUGUGUGAGAGUGAUAGGCAGAUUGUUUUCUAUGUAAAUAUUAUUUCUACAUACAAUAAAGCUGUCACACGGUGGCACUCAUCUCCAAAUUUACACCUGUUGUUGUCUUUUUAUCCCCCCAUUUGAAUCUGACCCUGCCUCUUCCUGAAACACCAGGUCAUCACUCCGCUGUACCGCUGCAAUCUGUGUAAAUGAAUGUAGAUUCAGUUUUAUUCCAUCUUUAUUCCCCUGUUUCUUUCCUUCCCA